AUCAUUCGCGAGAUAAUCUUGCAUCGGAGUUGACUUAACUGGCGCCUUCAUAAUCGCUUAAAUAACUUCUGUUACCAAACACUCGGUGGGGUCUAACCACAAAAUAGACACAUUGAAUAACGUUGUCGUCAUGGACUCGAGUUCCGACGAAGAAAUCGGGGAACCGGAAGAAGAAUUAAAAUAUAAAAGAGAGCAAAAAAUACUAAACAAUGGUGUGUUACACAUCCAGCAGCCUGAAGAAAAUCCAUGUUCUUCAAAAACGCAGACAGAUCUCACAACGGUAGAUACCCCAGACAAACAAGUUAAAAAUCUAACUGAGGAAACUACGUGUGGACAGAUAGAUGCAGAAACAACAAAUAAGUCUUUUCUAGAAAAGACUUUUAAGAAAAGAUCUGGAACAACGGAUAAAGGUAGAAAAUACGAAAAUAUGGUUGUGGCUAACUUGGUACUACAAACGCUAAAUGACACUAAAAUAACCGAUUUCAACAUUUCGUCGGAUAACGAAAAUUUUGGCGACUUCGACGACGUAGUCGUAGAAAUUGAGACAGAUCGCGGUAUUGACACAAAAGCAAUCCAACUAAAACUUAGCGGUGAAGGAAAUUUACCUAUAAACAGACUGAAAAGCAAAACUGGAGACUUUAGCAUAAAAAAAUACUUCAACUCUUUCCUAAAGAUAAAGGACAAACGGUCGCAAUUUAUUUUAUUCACGAACCAGAGACUUGCAAUUUUGGACGAAACACAACUUCAACUAGAAGGAGAAGAAUUUUCUGUGAAACCGACUAAAGUGUCAUUUUCUGAAGACAGUUUCGACGGUUUAAGAAUUUCCGAAAAUGUAAAUUACUAUCGGACAUUUCAAGUCGUAGAGGACGAAUGGACCGAACAAAAUUCGGAAAACAUUCAGCAGUACCAAACCUUCUUUGACCGCUUUCGACUUUACACUAACCAAGAGAAAUUGGAAACUCUGACAGAGUCGACAAUGAAUAAAUUUACGAAGAUGUUCUGUUCUAAUGAAGAAGUAUUCAAUUUUUACGUUAAAUUCAUAUCGGAUUGGAGCUUAAAAAAUGGACGAAAAGAAAAAUUAACCAAAAAGUUUAUGCAACGUGCGAUUGCGCUUCAUUUACUUUCUUCACACAUUGAACCUCUUGAUUUUGGUUCAGUAAGCGACAAAAUGAAACUCCUUGGAGAUGCUAUUUGUCUGUUCGACAUUACGCUGUUGGACAAAGAUGUUAGCAACGCAGUUAAAACAUUGUGGGGCGACUUGGCUAAAAAUGUUGACCUAGACGAACUAAACAAAGUUCGGUCACGAUAUUCUCUUUCGUCGGUUAGUAUAACUACUAUCGAUGAUGUGGACCCCAAAUUGUUGUCGCAGUUGUUAUGGUUGAUGGACAAAUGCCCCUUAAUUGUAAAAGAACACAAAAAUAUCGAAAAAGCCAUUCAGCUAUGUCCAGAUGCAACAUUUAUUAUACUCGGCGACGGAAAACCUAGAGAAUGGAUGAAAGAUCGUUCCGUAUUUCAAAGCUUGUCGGAUUUAGAGUCAAAUUUUGAAAAAGUGCUUCAAGAUUUCGCCAUUUCGGUGCAAGGAAAAGAGGAAAUUAAGUUGGAAACUGCUUUCAAACAAAACGAAGAAUUCGUAAAGCACGUGAGUGUGAACAAACUUGUAGAAAUGUCAACUGGUCCAUGCUAUAUAAAUGGACAAAAGGAAACUUUUCCGAAUCUUUAUAUCGAAAGAUAUUUGUCGGUCAAUAUCAUCGAUGUUAAAUAUUUGGAACAUAUUAAUCAAAACACUGUUGUCAUUGUGAACUGCCAAGAAAAUUCGGAGAUUUUUAAGAUAUCUAAAAAGCAUAAAGAUUCCAAAAUUUCUCACGCUCCAAUUAUAAUCAGCAAAAACAAAUGUAGCGAGUCUGAAUUUCAAAAAAUAAGUUCCAAAAUUCCGGAUACCAAAACAGUACAUUAUUUUAAAUUUCGUAGUAAUAAUAAUUUAGAGUGGAUUCGAAGUAGAGGUGACAUUAGUGAAUUGCGAAACUAUAAGUUGAGUAAUCAUUCCAAAAACGAAAAAGAAUUUUGGUCUUUCGGGUUCAACAACAACAUUAAUGUAAUAACGGGCGAUCCUGGAAUGGGUAAAACUGAGUUAACGAAAAGUUUAAAAAACAACUGUUGUUCUAAAUACUGGACGGUGAUUAUAAAUCCUCAAGAUGUUAAUUCAUUGUCUAAAACUUUACAAACUUGUGACGCAUCAGAUUACUUAAAUCGGUUCGAAUCAUUUAUCUUAAACGAAAAAUAUCGACACCUUGAACAGUUCGAUCGAGAAUUUUUCAAACUGUGUUUGGGGCAAAACAACGUCGUUUACGUGUGGGACGCUCUCGACGAAAUUCUAACCAAAAAUUUGGACGCUGCGUCAAACUUGAUUCUUCUAUUAUCACAAAACGGUUGCAUUCAGUGGGUUACCGCAAGACAACACUUGAAGCCGUUUCUUGAAGACAAAUUUAACGUAAUGUCGAUGAGUAUUAACCAGUUUAGUGAGACCGAACAAGAAGAUUACAUUAGAGAGCGUCUGUCGCAUUUUAUUUCGUCUAUCGACAUGAAAAAAACGAUCGAGAAAAUUAAAUCCUUGUUUGCGUUCACAAAACACGUGGAUAUUUUGGGGAUUCCGCUUCAGAUAUUUAUGCUCACGGAGAUAUUCCGCCAAAAUAAAGAAUCAUAUUUGGAAUUAUUGAACAACAAGCUUCUCUUGACUGAUUUGUAUCGUUAUUUUAUUGACGGGAAGUUUAGUUUCUUUUUUGGAGGCAAAGUGCCAGUAAACUGUGAUUACUGGAAAGCAGAAGUCGAGAAAAAGAAAGAGGAAAAACUAAAGCGGUAUGAAAAAAUCGCGCUUGAAUUAAUAUUCCCUGACGAGAUUUUGAAAGAAUUAAAGAUCGACUGUUCACAAGAUUUAGAUUUAGUUUCUGAAGAUUUUGCAACUGUUGGUGUUGUCACUGGAUUACAAAACGGCAUUCCGCAAUUCGUGCACGUUUCCUUUGCUGAGUAUUUUGUUGCCUUGUAUUUGUCUAAAAAUUUCGAAAAGACACGCAGAGACGUAUUUUUUGAUCAAAAGUACAAUAACGUACGGUUUUUCUUUGACAUGUUAGUUGGUCAAAAAUCACCAGUGCACAUCGCGGUUUUGUACAGAAAUUUUGAACAACUAAAGAGUUAUAACGACGAAAUAAUAAAUCGUAAAGACGACUGUGGAAGAAGUGCCUUACAUCUCAUUUGUUCUUGGGGACAAAGACAUCCACGUUUGACAGUUCACAAAAGAAAUGAUGUUUACGUAAUCAAAGACGGUUAUGGGGGGUUUCGCGAUUUACUCGAAACGGGAGAAUACUUAGAAGCGUUGCAAUUUUUGUUAAACAAAUGCGACAUUUCAGAAAAAGAUUUAUUAUUUAAAAUCACACCCAUAGAAUGUUCUCGAGAAAGCGCGAGUUUGGGGGCAGAACUGGAAUUAUUACAAUCAAGAAAAUUGCAAUUCCCGCAACGCUAUAACAACAGCGAUAGAAUCAAUAUAAUAUAUUAUUCCGCUCAGUUCGGGUACGACGAAGCCAUUAAAUUAGUUAUUCCAGAAAGUGUUCGCUCGUUGUACAAACAAGUUAAUUUUUUUGCUGAAUACAGCUACGAAAGUCUCUUGUCAACGGCUUUCCAAAACGGCUACUUAACAGUUCCUGAGUACUUAGUCCAGUGCGGCGGCAAAGUCAAUCGUGAUAUUUACGACUGCGAGACGCCGCUUUACGCGGCUUCCUCGAAGGGCUACGACAAAGUCGUCAAAGUCCUGGUGAAAUGCGGUGCCGAGAUCAAUGUUCCUGAUAAUUUUGGUCGGACACCGCUCUACGCUGCUUCUUCAAACGGCCACGAAAAAAUUGUCAAUUACCUAGUGAAACGCGGAGCCGAAGUCAAUGGCGCCAAUUAUUGCGGUGAAACACCCCUCGGCGCGGCUUCCAGGAAGGGCUACGGAAAAAUCGUUCAAUUGCUAGUGAGAUCCGGAGCCAAAAUCAGUCAGACACCGAUUUACUUGAUAGCUUGUUUGAACGUCACGGAAAGAACUGGCGAAUACCUAGCCGAAAUGAGACGUCGUCGAACACCGCGUGACGAAGAAACUGUAGACUUCCUGGUGAAAGGCGAACCAGAAACAAAUCACGUUGUUAUUACUUAGAGGUUAUUAAUAGUAUGUUAGUAUAUUUGAAAUAAAUAUGUUUCUUUGUU